UAGCUCUGACGAAAGCGACGAUAAGGUAGUGUCUCCCUUAAUUCCAAGGGAUUUUAGAAGUACGCUGGAGACACCAAUGGACGACCAUGAUGUGCCUCCACAAACUCCCACGAACAAUAAUACGCCCGCUACGGCUAGCACAUCGUCUGCUGUGGUGGAUGUUGCUUCGGCGGAAACGCACCAGCCAAAUAGUUUUUAUCAAUUUGAUUGGAAAACGUUUCCAAAUCGUCAAAUUCCACCAGAAUCGAGGAGGGAAACAUUUUUCGAAAGCUAUGGCGCGCAAAGGAAAUAGGAUUUUCUGUUUAGCUGAUUGCGAAGUCGAGGAAUAUCUCAUGGCUGAAACAAGCGACACUGAAGAUGCACUCAAUUUGGAUGACGAAGACCAGUCAUUUUUAUUAGAGGACAUGCAAGCUGGAUUUUCUGAAGCUGUAAUUGGGCCACCUCGUCCAUCAGAAUCUACUCAAAAUCCAGGUCCGUCUUCAGACUCUUAUUCAUUAUCACGUGAUCCGGUUCCCGAGUUCAAGUGGAAAAAUAAUAUCUAUCAACCGUAUAUUUUUUCUGACACCAAUUAUGAAUUUGGUAAGAUAAACAUUUCCCAAGAAUUACAGUCUCUGAAACCUAUAGAUAUAUUUGAGGCAGUAACAAAUAUUAAAUUAUUGAUUGAGGGAUUAAUAAUACCAGAGUCUUUACGUUAUGCUCAUCAAAACGGCUCGGUGUUCACUACCGAUUUCCAAGAAAUAACAGCUUUCAUUGGCAUGAAUUAUGUCAUGGGCUACCACGUAUUACCCACACUGCGAAGCUACUGGUCCACUGAACCUGACAUGGGUGUACCUUAUAUAGCUAAAGUAAUGCCUUUAUCACGAUUCGAAGAAAUCAGAAGAAACCUACAUUUUUGUGACAAUGCGUCCCAACCAUAUCCAACAUCAUCAUCAUUUGAUAGAGCCUACAAAAUAAGAUUAGUAAUGAACUAUUUUAAUUCAAGUUUCCAAUCAGCAAUGAAUAAUACAAUAACCCAAGCAAUUGAUGAACAUAUGGUAAAAUUCAAAGGUCACAAUAUUAUGCGGCAAUACAUGCAAAAUAAACCAAUAAAAAGAGGAUUUAAAAUGUGGUGUCGUGCCGAUUCUAAAACCGGAUAUCUAUUCCAGUUCGAUUUAUAUACUGGAAAAAAGAAUUCAGGACCCGAAAUUGGACUGGGAGAAUCCGUUGUCCUUGAUCUUACACAAGCUUUAGUGGGUCUUGGAUGUGAAAUAUAUUUUGACAAUUUUUUUAACUCUCCCAUGCUGCAAUAUAAACUUGCUAAACAAAAUUUGAAGGCAUGUGGCACUGUCCGAACACAACGUAAAAAUAAUCCUAAAAAUUUACCUUUAGAUAAAGAUAUGAAGAGAGGCGAUAUCUACGCUACUAGCUUCGAAGGAAUUUCUUUUGUCAAGUGGAUGGAUAAUAAAGCUGUGCAUCUCCUCACCAACUUUUUAUCACCGGUACCUACUCGAAAGGUAAAACGUAAACAAAUAGGAUCAGCACAAUGUCUAGAGAUCACAUGUCCUGACAUCGUCCAUAAAUACAAUAAAAACAUGGGUGGCGUAGAUCUCAUGGACCAGAAGAAGGUCACAUACGAAGUUGAUAGGAAGUCCAAAAUCAAAUACUACCUGCGGCUUUUUUUUUAUUUAUUGGACAUCGCUAUGAACAAUUCCUACAUUGUUUAUGAAAAACUGCAUGCGCAACAUCGCGUAGAAGGGCAUUUGCUCUCAUCACUUGAAUAUCGUCAAGUUGUGGCUAGGGCUAUGAUCGGUAAUUUUUCUAUACGUAAACAUGCCUUGCCAUCUACUUCCAUGACCAAAAAGCGGAUUCAAAACUUAGGACAAACAGUCUUUACCUUCACAGGUAAUGAUAAAGGGAUCUUCACGUAAACGAUGUGUGCAGUGUGUAAAGAGUGGAGUAGAAAAUCGUACCAGCAAUAUAUGUGACAUUUGUAAUGUAAAUUUAUAUUUCACAGCAACAAGAAAUUGUUUUGCACGGUUCCAUUCAUGAAAAUAUUAAUAAAAUUGUUAUUUUUUACAGAGUUUAGUUUUUUACUAUCAGAAAAAUCUUGAUUUUGCUAUAAUAGUAAGUACCUCACAAGAUAAUAAAUGACGCCCUAUAAGGCAUAUUGGGACACAUUUGUCCCAAGUAAUUUCCUAAAAUCUGUCGGUUUUUUUUUUAUUUUUUUAAUAUACACAUAUUUUAAUUACCUUGUAACAAACUAAAUAACGUAGUCAUAAAUAUAAAAACUUACGUAUUCUUGUUUUAUGCGUCAAAGGGUUAAGACUUACACAUGGUCUUGAGAACAAAGGACACACGUUGUGGAUGGACAACUUUUACAAUUCUCCAAGUCUUGCUCGGCGUCUCAAGGCUUCUGGAAUUGAUUGCGUUGCGGACAAAUUGCCAGUUUGUUCCGCCGGCCCUUAAUGAUCUUACAAAGGGGAACAUGCACAAGGUACAAAUCACUGGUCUGACCUCGGGAGACGUCGAUGUCAUGGUAUGGAGGGAUACUAAUAGAGUCGCUAUGAUCUCACCAUACCAUGGCAGUGCGGUUAGGCAAGUCCACCAGUCAACCAAACCCAUCCUGAUAUUGGAUUACAAUAUCAUGAUGGGUGGGGUUGACAAAAAGGACCAGAUGCUUGCCAUGUACCCCAUAGAAAGAAAGCGAACAAGGGUGUGGUAUAAAAAAAUAUUCACAAGGUUAUUAAAUGUAUCUACCUCUAUUUUAAAUUCGUAUAUAAUCCAUCACCAUUCGUCUUCUCUUUCACAUCGCAAUUUCCGUAUGACUCUCGUUAAAUCUCUCCUUUCGAAACACUCUUCCAUCGCUUCCAUCCGCUGUAACCACACAGAAUAGACCUGCCGACCUCACCCACCGCUUGGCUGAGUACCCGUUGCAAAACAGCUAUCGCAAGUGGCGGGUGUGCAAGGUGUGCAAAAAACGGGUGCACACGUAUUGUGUUGGUUGCAGCAAAUCCGUAUGCCUUGACCCAUGUUUUAUUACUUUACAUACAUAAUAUAAAGUAUAAGUAUUUAUAAGUAUAUACCUACAUAUUAAAUUACAUUACAGCUAUAUAUUUUAUUUUGCGGCAACUUGCCUCCUUUAGGAGUCAGGUGGCCGGCAGGUAGGUAGGUAGGGGUCCAAAUAAAGUACACUU